CAGACAUCCGCUCAGACAGGCUACUCCAUUUCUCGUCGCCGAGACGAUCCAUACUGCUACCAAGUUGGUUUUGGAAACCACUUUACCUCGGAAGCCAUUCCCAAUGUCCUGCCUAUAGGCCAGAGCAUGCCACAGAAGAACAAGUAUGAGCUGUACACCGAAUGUAUCACUGGCACGCCGUUCACCACUCCAAGGGCACAGAAUCAGAGCACCAUGCUGUACCGUAUCCGUCCGUCUGUCGCUCACCAGGGUUUUUCCAAGCGUGAGAAACAGAAUCCGUUUCUCGUUGCCGAGUUCUCUCUUGGUGACCCUAAGCAAAGCAUCUCGCCCGCACGAGUCUCUUGGAGCCCGGACGUCCCGCCGGCGAGCGAGAGGGUUAAGUUCGUCUAUGGCAUCAAGACAAUGAUGGGAAAUGGCAGCCCGAUGUCUUAUGAAGGUGUCGCCAUUCAUACAUAUGCAUGUAACGCGGAUAUGGGCAAGGAGGCAUUUGUGAACAAUGACGGAGACUUCCUUAUCGUGCCCGUGACGGGCCGACUUGAUAUUCAAACUGAGCUGGGCAGGUUGUUGGUCUUCCAGGGUGAGAUCGUGGUCAUGCCGCGGGGGCUAAGGUGGAAGGUUACUUUGCCAGAUGGUAGCGCAACGGGCUAUAUCCAAGAGAUCUUCGGGGCACACUAUGAGCUCCCCGAUUUGGGUGUCAUUGGUUCUCAUGGGCUUGCGAACCCUCGUGACUUCGAGACCCCGGUAGCCUGCUUCGACAUUGACCAGACCGAUUGGGAAGUUAUUUACAAGCUCGGCGGUCAGCUCUUUACCUGCAAGCAGGACCACACACCCUUCGACGUUGUAGCAUGGCAUGGCAAUUACGUCACGCUGAACUCAACCAGCUAUGUCCCGUACAAGUAUAAUCUGGACUUCUUCCUCUCCCUCGGCAGCCUUAAUCGCGACCAGACUGAUCCAUCAAUCUGGACGGUCCUCACGGCACGCUCGAAAACCCCAGGUGUUGCGCUUGCUGAUUUUGUGUACGCCGGCGGAAAGUGGGACGUCGUCGAAAAUACGAUGAGACUGCCGUAUUACCACCGCAAUACUGCUUGCGAGGUUGUAGGAUGCAUCUCCGGCGACCUCGGCUUCCUAGACAACUUCGAGCCGGGUGCACUUUUCUUUGAUACCGGUUUUACGCCCCAUGGACCGGGCAGUGAGAUAUACGAUGCAGUGUCCAACAUGGAAUUGAAGCCGGCGAAGGUUUUCGAGGCGGUGCGCCUGGCCGUGUUCGAGACCAGCGCACUGAUGACUCUUACUGAGUACGCCACUAACGGAAACAGACGCUAUCCUGGUGAGGGUGGAACGAAAGGUUUGGAGGCGAAAUUCCUCAAGCAUAAGGACGCAAUUCGGGCGGAUUGUUAUGAUGGGUAUGGUGGCGUGGGAUAUCAUUUCCUUUUUUCGUCUCUGACUCUAGUUUAG